AUGUAGACUAACGAUAUUAAUUGGGAGACAUUGCUAUUCUUAGAGAAGUCUCCUUCGAAGAAAUAUUUAAGAAAAAUUAUUGAGUUUGCAUAUAUUAUUAGAAAUAAAUUACAAUAAUAUGAUUAAAAUUAUUAGACUCCUGUUUCCACAUAAUUUUACAUAGAUCUCAAUCUUACAGAGGAGUAAUGUCACAAAAUGCUAGUUUCAACUGUAAAGUUAUUGGAAAAAGCUGCUCAAUCUAAUUUCUAAAACGUUAUUUAAAUAUUCCCUGGAGAUUUUAACCAGUCAUUAAGAGAUAUGCUGAUUGAAAUUUUUGAAUAGUACGGUGAGAUAUGGAAGAAGAACAUGAAUAGCAACAUAUAAUAGGGAGAUAAAUUGAUUGAUGUUGAUUGGAGAAUAGAUGUAUAAGUUGCUACUCAUGGAUAAGAAAAGAUAAAAAACCCUGUUAUUUUUAUGCAAUUAGAAACUCAAGGAUCUAGAAAUGAGAUGAAAACAAUUAAUUUCCAAAUGAACUCUGCUGAAUUAAACACAUUCCACAACAAUCUUCAAAAAAUAAAAGAUCAACUCUAACAAAUUGUUUAAUAAUGA